UUGAAUACAUGAUUCUGGCCACGAUCAUCGCCAACUGUGUGGUACUGGCUCUGGAACAGCACUUGCCCAACGGAGACAAGACGCCUAUGGCCAAAAGUUUGGAACAAACCGAGCCGUAUUUCAUUGGGAUCUUUUGCUUUGAGGCUGGGAUUAAAAUCGUAGCUCUUGGAUUUGUGUUCCAUAAAGGAUCAUAUCUUCGGAAUGGUUGGAACGUGAUGGAUUGCAUUGUAGUCCUGAGUGGGCUCCUAGCCACGGCAGCAACACACUUCAACCUGCGGACUCUGAGAGCAGUCCGUGUGCUGCGACCUCUCAAGCUGGUGUCUGGAAUUCCCAGUUUACAGAUUGUGUUGAAGUCCAUCAUGAAGGCAAUGGUCCCUCUGCUCCAGAUUGGCCUGCUCCUCUUCUUCGCCAUCCUCAUGUUCGCCAUCAUUGGUCUGGAGUUCUAUUAUGGUAAACUGCACCAUACCUGCUACACGGAUAAUGCAGCGGCGGAAGAGCUGGAGUUGCAGUUUCCCUGUGGCACACUGGAGCCUGCCCGACUCUGCCCCAAUGGCACCAUGUGUUCAUACUGGAUCGGACCCAACGACGGCAUCACCCAGUUCGAUAACAUCCUGUUUGCACUGCUCACUGUCUUCCAGUGCAUCACCAUGGAGGGAUGGACUACCAUCCUCUACAAUACCGAUGAUGCCUUAGGGGCGAUGUGGAACUGGCUGUACUUCAUCCCGCUCAUCAUCAUUGGCUCAUUCUUUGUGUUGAACCUCGUUCUCGGAGUGCUGUCUGGUGAAUUUGCCAAAGAGCGGGAGAGGGUGGAAAAUAGGCGGUCGUUCCUGAAACUUCGGAGACAGCAACAGAUUGAGCGGGAACUGAAUGGCUAUCGGGCCUGGAUCGACAAAGCAGAGGAAGUGAUGUUACUGGAAGAAAAUAAAAAUGCUGGAGAGAAGUCAGCACUGGAUGUUCUUAGAAGAGCAACAAUCAAAAAAGGGCGAAUGGAAAUGAUUCACACCGAGUCAAGUGAUGACCACUACACUGAAAUAUCUUCUGUGGGGUCCCCGCUGGCAAGGGCGAGCAUCAAGAGCACCAAGUUGCUGGAGGGUUCAUCUUACUUCCGCCGCAAGGAGCGCAUGCUGCGCAUCUCCAUCCGCCACAUGGUCAAGUCCCACGCCUUCUACUGGAUCGUCCUGGGUCUGGUGGCUCUUAACACUGUGUGUGUUGCCAUUGUCCACUAUGACCAGCCUCCAUGGCUCUCCAACUUCCUUUACUAUGCCGAAUUCACCUUUCUGGGUCUCUUUCUCUCCGAGAUGUUUCUAAAGAUGUACGGCUGUGGUCCUCGACUAUAUUUUCACUCCUCCUUCAACUGUUUUGACUGUGGGGUUAUUAUCGGCAGUAUAUUUGACGUGGUAUGGACGGUAAUUCGGCCAGAAACAUCAUUUGGCAUCAGCGUGCUCCGCGCGUUGAGAUUACUCCGAAUUUUCAAGAUCACAAAGUACUGGGCAUCUUUGCGGAACCUUGUAGUUUCCUUAAUGAGCUCGAUGAAAUCCAUCCUCAGCCUCCUGUUCCUCCUCUUCCUCUUCAUUGUUGUGUUCGCUCUGCUGGGAAUGCAGCUGUUUGGUGGUCAAUUCAACUUCGAAGAAGGUACACCUCCAACCAACUUUGACACCUUUACUGCUGCGAUCAUCACUGUGUUUCAGAUCUUGACGGGCGAAGAUUGGAAUGAGGUGAUGUACAACGGAAUAAAAUCGCAAGGAGGCGUCAACUCAGGAAUGUGGUCUUCUGUAUAUUUCAUUGUCCUCACACUCUUUGGAAACUAUACUCUGCUGAACGUAUUUCUGGCAAUCGCAGUUGAUAAUCUGGCUAAUGCUCAGGAGUUGACAAAGGAGGAGCAGGAAGAGGAGGAAGCCAUUAACCAGAAGCACGCCCUGCAGAAGGCCAAGGAGGUCAGCCCCAUGUCAGUCCCAGGGUUUCCCUCAACAGAGAGAGAGUUUCGGAGGCACAAGCACAUGUCCAUCUGGGAGGCCAGAACCAGUCAGCUGAGGAGACGCAUGCAGAUAAGCGGCCGCGAGGCUCUGUUUGCCGAUGCGCUCCAGGGGCUGGAGGGGAGCAGGUAUCGCAGGCACCGCUCCAGGAUCUUCGAGGGCGAAAGUCUCCGGCGUCUCGGCGACCAGCAGGUCGAUCAACUUGGAGGGGGCGGCAAUCGAGAUGCCUUCAAGAGCCGCUCGCUUCGCAACAACUGGCAGCCGACCGGGGCGAACAAGGAAGGUUCCUCGCUGAAACUGAAUGGGGAUCAGGACCACAGGCAGAGCCUGGCACCAGUCCGGAGCGUGGAGGCUGGGGAGAGCUUCAGGAUGGCCGAACCGGUGAGGGCCAAGAGGAGAUACAGGUCUCUCUACAAGGAAGCCAAACUGGGGCUGGAGGAGAGCGCGGAGACCACGCUGAGCCACCGCGUGGGCAAGAGCAAGGAGGAGGGGCUGUUGCAGAGGCUGCCCGAAGAACAGGAGAGCAGCCAGACAACUCCCGGCCCCGAGGAGAGGGAUGCUGAGCAACAGAUGGCCUUCUCCUGGCAAGGGCGGCCACAUACAAGCACAAAUCGGAAUCUUGAUUCGGACACAAGCCUAAUGGGUAAGCAGCUGGAAAAGGCCAGCACCAGGGGGACCGAGAGUGGAAAAGUGGACAGCGCAAAGAACAGCAAGCAGGUCAAUGAACAAACCAGCCUGUUAAACUUGCAGCUGGAUCUGCAAAUCACUCAACCUUCUAGAGGAGAGAAGGACCUGACCACCAGUCCCAGGGACAUAGACCAGGACAAGACUCGGGAACAGACAGAGAUUGAUGUAGACUGCGAGAACACAGAGACACCCAUGGAUUCCCUUGUCACACCAGGAAACACAUGCAGCAGCAGUAGUUCAGUGAAAGACGAAGAGAAAAAGUCCAAGUCGAUUAUGCCAUACAGCUCCAUGUUCCUUUUCAGCACAACCAAUCCGGUUCGCCGGGCAUGCCACUUCAUUGUCAACCUACGCUACUUUGAGAUGAGUAUCCUCCUGGUGAUCGCAGCCAGCAGCGUAGCUCUAGCAGCAGAGGAUCCCAUCAACAAAGACUCCUCUCGGAAUCACGUGCUCAGGUAUUUCGAUUAUGUGUUCACAGGAGUUUUCACCUUUGAAAUGGUGAUUAAGAUGAUAGACAUUGGUUUGAUUUUCCAUGAAGGCUCGUAUUUCCGUGACGUUUGGAACAUUCUGGAUUUCAUCGUAGUGAGUGGAGCACUGGUUGCAUUUGUGUUCACGAAUCUCAUUGGGGGAUCCAGUGGGAAGGACAUCAACACCAUCAAGUCCCUGCGUGUUCUUCGUGUUUUACGGCCAUUAAAGACCAUCAAGCGACUCCCAAAACUGAAGGCAGUGUUCGACUGCGUGGUGACAUCACUGAAGAACGUGUUUAACAUUCUGAUAGUCUACAAACUCUUCAUGUUCAUCUUCGCAGUGAUCGCCGUGCAGCUCUUCAAGGGCAAGUUUUUCUACUGCACAGAUAGCAGCAAGAUGACCAAACAGGAAUGCAGAGGCCAGUUUGUGCUGUAUGAGACAGAGAAUAAAAUUGUUGAUCGAGAAUGGAAACGCUACGACUUUCAUUAUGAUAAUGUUGUCUGGGCUCUACUGACACUGUUCACUGUCUCCACUGGAGAGGGCUGGCCACAGGUGCUGCAGCAUUCCGUGGAUGUGACGGAGGCUGAUCAAGGACCCAUCCCAGGGAACAGGAUGGAAAUGGCCAUCUUCUACGUUGUAUAUUUUGUCGUAUUCCCCUUCUUUUUCGUCAAUAUCUUUGUGGCCUUGAUAAUCAUCACCUUCCAGGAGCAAGGAGACAAGAUGCUGGAGGAGAGCAGCCUGGAGAAAAACGAGAGAGCGUGUAUCGAUUUUGCCAUCAGUGCCAAGCCCCUGACAAGAUACAUGCCGCAGAACCGGCAGACCUUCCAAUACAGAGUUUGGCACUUCGUGGUGUCGCCUUCGUUCGAGUACACCAUCCUGACCAUGAUUGCCCUCAACACUGUGGUCCUCAUGAUGAAGCAUCAUUCUCCUCCGCCGGGCUUCGUGAGUGUGCUAAAGCUGAUGAACAUUGCCUUCACUAUCACUUUCACACUCGAGUGUAUCCUCAAAAUCAUUGCCUUUGGAUUCCUGAACUACUUCCGAGACUCCUGGAACGUGUUUGACUUUGUGACGGUCGUGGGCAGCAUCAGUGAAAUUAUUGUGACAGAAUGCAAUCUGAAGUUUGUAAACCUGAGCUUCCUGAAGCUGUUCCGUGCCGCCCGGCUCAUCAAGCUGCUGCGUCAAGGUUACACCAUCCGCAUCCUCCUCUGGACCUUCGUGCAGUCCUUCAAGGCUCUUCCAUACGUCUGCCUCCUGAUUGCAAUGCUGUUCUUCAUUUAUGCCAUCAUCGGCAUGCAGCUUUUUGGAAAUAUCGGCCUGGAUGACCAUACCCCCAUCAAUCGACACAACAACUUCCACACCUUCUUCAAUGCGUUGACGCUGCUGUUUCGGAGUGCGACGGGGGAGUCGUGGCAGGAGAUCAUGCUGGCUUGCCUGAGUGGGAAGGAGUGUGAGGGGACCAGGGAGCCCAGCUGCGGCACAGACGUCGCCUACUUUUACUUCGUCUCCUUCAUAUUCCUCUGCUCAUUUCUUAUGCUGAACCUGUUUGUGGCGGUCAUCAUGGAUAACUUUGAGUAUCUGACGCGGGAUUCUUCCAUCCUGGGCCCACACCACUUGGACGAGUUUGUGCGGGUCUGGGCAGAGUACGAUCGGGCUGCGUGCGGCCGAAUCCAUUACACUGACAUGUAUCAAAUGCUGACCCUCAUGUCUCCACCGUUGGGUCUGGGGAAGAAAUGUCCUUCGAAAGUUGCUUACAAGAGACUGGUACUGAUGAAUAUGCCUGUCAGCGAGGACAAGACUGUUCACUUCACCUCCACGCUCAUGGGCUUGAUCAGAACCGCACUUCAAAUCAAGCUGGCCAGAGGUGGGGCAGACAAGCAGCAGCUGGAUGCGGAGCUGCGCAAGGAGAUCAUGACAAUUUGGCCGCACCUCUCGCAGAAGACACUGGACCUCCUGGUUCCCAUGUACACAUAUGCGGACUUAACAGUUGGGAAAAUCUAUGCUGCCAUGAUGAUCAUGGAUUACUACAAACAGAGUAAAAAUAAAAAGUAUCAGAUGCUGCAGGAAGAGCAGAGCCGAACACCCAUGUUCCAGCGGAUGGAAGCUUCCACUCUGCCUCCGCAGAUUAUCUCCAGCACUAAGGGUCUGCCCUUUCUGCAGGCGGACAGAGGACCUGACUUGGAUAGCAGGAGUGAAUUUGCCCCCUUGGUACCUUUACCCCCAGUCAUGUUCCAGCAAGGCCGAACUUCAGGUCAAGGGGAAGAAAUCCACAACCAACGGCCAAAGGAACUAAAGAAAGUUAAGGUGGAAUAUCCUCAUUAUGGUCACUAUCUCCCCAUUGAAAACCAGGGCCGGGCAGUGUCCAUGCCUCGACUGGAAACUGAGUCUGAGUCUGCGGAAGACCCAAGCCCAAUGAAGCGAUCCUUCUCCACAUUUGCUGCCAACCAGUCAGACAGCAGCUGGCUCAAUGAAUACUCACUGGAGAGAGCUGGUCCCGAAGAUCUCUACCAAAAAUGGAGCCGAAGACCUCUGAGGUCGUCCAGCAGAUCCUCAAAUGCAGGCAGCCGCGAGCGAGGCCGUUCCAAGGAGCGAAAGCACCUGCUGUCACCGGAGAGAUCCCUGUGCAACUCAAGCGAGCGGGCUCAGCACCUGCAACACAGGUGCCACGACCAGAGGCUGUCCCGCUCUCCCAGCCCAGGCCAUUCACACUGUCUGCGGGAACAGGUUAACAGUUCAGUGAGUGAGAGCCCGAUGCCAUGCACGUCUGCAGCCAGCACGCCCAAGCAGGGACGGAGACAGCUCCCGCAAACGCCCACCACCCCACGGCCGCACAUCUCCUACUCGCCCGUGGCGCAGUGCCCCGACACCCUGGCGCCCUCCUCCGUGCAGGCCAGCCCGAGGAGCAGGGAGGCUCGCUACCAGUCGCUGCGGAUCCAGCCCAGCAAGACCCUGUGGAGCGAGUCGCCUGGCCUGAGCAAGAAGAGCGAGAGCCAGCACUCGACGCCGCUGCGCUACAUCUCGGAGCCAUCGUUGACCCUGCACGACGAGCUGGGCAGCCUGGACCAGGCGCUGGGCGAGGAGACACUCACCUUCGAGGCAGCCGUGGCCACCAGCCUCGGGAGGUCCCACACCAUCUCCUCCGCCCCACCCAUCAGACACCCCUGGCAGCUGCCCAACGGCAGCUACCGCAGCCGGGCGGCGCGGUGCGGAGCCACCACUCUCGCCGACCCCUUCACCGACACCGACGAGGAUGACAAGUGCUAGACCAGGCGAGGAGGCAUGAUGUGGGGGGUGGGGGGGGGGACGGACAGGACAGGGGGCGGGAGAGGAAGCAGCGUGGGGGCACAUGGAUACGUCUGUGGCAUCCUUUCCACAUGCCUCCAGUUGAAGUGGACAGAUGUUGCUGGAGCACAGUCUCCAAAUGUGGCAGGUGAAGGAUCUGCCUCCCCGCCAGCCCCACUGAGCCACAACGAGCAUCAACGAGACAAGGUCCGUGUUGACAUCGACCGGCCUCGCUUGGA